UCUCUGUCUAUCUUUCUCUUCGCAUUAUAAAAAAUAAUAGUAAUAGUAAAAGUAAUAAAAAUAAGAAUAACGAUAUAUAUGUAUAUAUGCGAGAAUAUAUAUAUAUAUGUGUAUAUAUAAAUAAACUAAGAGGUGAUCCUUUGACAAUGGCAAAUCGUUUUCGAAAAGAGUGAGAUUGAUUGUCAACGAGUGUCACUUUUGGAUUAAGAAGAACGAGAGGAGUAUAUAUACUGCUCCGACUAUUUGGAUUAUAUUUGUUUGGUUUGGUGUAAAAAAGAGAAAGAACGAACGAAAAGGAAAGUAAAGGGAAAACAUCAUAAGUGCGUGAAGAAAUUUCGAGGAAGGAUUGAAAGAUUUCAGACUGGAUUCUUUACUUUCAAGGACGAGGAUCGCGAGAUUCUCGUCGCACGAAUAGUUCUUUGCAUAUCUGUUUAUCUCUCUUUCUCUAUCUCUCUCUCUCUCUCUCUAUCUCUCUCUGUCGUGAGAUUGCAAAAAGGAGAGAAGAGGGGUAGAAGGGACGAUUAAAAGAGAAAGAGAGAGAGAGACACGCGUCGUCUCGUCUCUCCCGAUCUCGCGAGUGACAAGUGGUCGGCGACGCGCGCUUCAACCACGUGGCCGCUGGUGUUUGCGCCGGUGUUGUGUGCUCCCACACGGGGUGUCGAACGCGAUCACGAGAAAAUUUCUCGCUGAGAACUAAACUUUGCUCGUCCGAGUUGUAGUGACAAUCGAAGUUUCUUGUAUUGCUCUGAGACGUUAAGUGGGAGUGAAGAGAACAAGAGAGGGGAAAAAAAGAAACGAAGAUUAGAAAUAGAAUCGGACAUUGAAUUUCGAAGAAACAAUUUUCUUGGUGAGAAAGGACAGGAAAAAAAAAAGAACAAAAAAGGACACAAUCGUUUGUGCAAUAUUAUGAAACUCUUUUAAGAAAGAUCCUCGAACGAACGAACUAUUUUUUUCGAGAUCACGGAAAAGUCCAUACGUACGAUCUCGUUCGCAUUGGACACUGUGAUACGCGAAAUGCUGAGUGCCUCGGCCACCUCCAGACAAGAACGUAGGGUGCUGCGAACGUCGUUUUUGAGGGCCGUGGAGGCCUGCUAAGAUGACCGCACGUCUCCACUCGCUGAGGCACCAGGAGAAGAAAUCAGUCGGCAACAGCCACAGGCAACAUCAUCAACAAUCUCAACACCAACAGGCCGUACAUCAGGGUCCUAGUCCGGCACCCAGUCCCAGUCCUAGCCUUAGCCCGAGCCCGAAACACUCGGACGGACGUCGAGCGAACAAACCACUAAUGGAAAAGCGACGACGAGCGAGGAUCAACCAAUCUCUGGCAGCCCUAAAGGCGCUGAUCCUUGACAGCGCUAGGCUCGAGAAUACGAAGCACAGUAAACUCGAGAAAGCUGACAUCUUGGAGUUGACGGUGAGGCAUCUGCAAAGGCAAAGAUCUCUCGCACAACCUGGCCUGUCCAGGUACAAGGCCGGCUACCAGGAUUGCUCGAGGGAGGUGAGUCGAUAUCUCGAUGCCCCAGACAUCAUUACGGGCAAUACGACGCCGAUGGACCCGGCAGUGAAGCAGAGGUUACUUCGUCAUCUGGACAGUUGCGUGUCCGAGCUUGAUCUAGAUCUUGGAUCGAGGCCUGACAGUGGAUUGGGUAGUAGUCCUGGUAGCGUGACGGAUCGUGUGACCGGAGCUACGAGUCCUGGUCCUUUGGAUCACCACGUGCCACCGACGCCUCAUUGCAGUACGGCCUUGAACCCAGCUGGCUUGAUAAAGUCCGAGAUACCGGAGAUGGAGACGGCCAGGCCGGAUAGUAGCACGACGGCCGGAGACGAGAACAACAACAGUAGCAGGCCGACGUCGGCGUUCAGUCAAGUAAAUCCAGCGGGUCUGGAUCCACAUCACCCUUCCGGUAUACCGGUCGAUCAAGCCUCAACGUCACAGCAAAAUCCGAAUAUGCUGUCGGUCGUUCAGGUGAUACCUUCGAGACUACCUGACGGCCAAGUGGUUUUUCUUCUACCUAGUCACUACGUCCAACUCGCUGCGGCGGCUGCGGCGAACGGCAUCAGCAUCGGACCGAACCCACCAACCGCGAUCUGGGCAGCUACCAACAUGUCCUUGCUCAAAGCGACGGACAAACUAGCCAAAAGACCUCACGAAGAGAUGCAGGAUUGGCAGGAAGCCGCGACUGGUGUGAAACCUAGCAAGAGUCCUCGAAUGCAGGAUCAACCUGAACAGCCUCUCGACUUUACUACCAAUUCGAAGAAAUUGAAGACGGGCUCGAGAACUUCUAUUCACGGUAUACCGGGUGUCGAACAUCAACAGCAACAGCAACAACAGCAGAUACCACCAUCGCGAACGACGACCGACGGAGCGAUCGUUCACGAAGACAGACCCUCUAGUCAUGCGGGUAGUGAAAUCGCUGUUGGAAUGCCAUCGCCAUCGCAGCUCGGUCAACAGGCUGUUAAGGAUGAAGAGAGCAUGUGGAGGCCUUGGUAAAUCGAAUACCUUUGGCCGAUCGAUCGUCGAUCUUAUUUGUAUAUAAAUUACAUAUAUAUAUAUAUAUAUAUAUAUAUAUAUGUUAUAUAUGUAUGUAUAUAUAUAGAUUAUAUAUAUAUACUCUCUAACGUUUUAUCGAUGGAGAUUCGAGUGAAACAGCUUCGAUUCGAGACAACAUCCCCUAGUCAAGGAAAAGGCAGACGAGAUGGUUUUUCCUUCGCGUGAACGAUUUCAUCGCAAGGAGCCCAGCAAUCGUCGAAAUUUUUCUCACGACUCGUCGAUACCAACUUGUACAAGAGAAACGUGUAAGUACGUAUAUAUGCAUGUACGUGCGCUAACGCUAGCCGUCUGACGUCAAACUCGAAGUUCUUUCUCUUCUUCGAAGCAGUUUCAUACGAUUCCGAAUGCCAAAGUAGUAAACGAGGCGAAAAAAUUUAACGAUCGUAAAAAAAAAAAGGAAGAAAAGAAAAAAAGGAAGAAA